AUUGGUUAAUUUUUUCAUAAUGUUGGGGUGUGUAGUCAUAUAUAUAUCGAAGAGGAUCAAGGUUCGUUAUUCUCUUUUUUUUUCGUUUUAAAAAGCAUUUCGACAAAAACAAACAAACAGACAAGCAUUACACACAUAUUACUAUUUUAUUUGCAAGUUUCCAAAAAAAAUUUUUUUUGCUGUUUUCGUUGUUGUUGUUGUUGUCAACUGAACUAAAUUAAACAAUGAGAUAUAAAAAUUUAGAUAUUUCAAUCUUAUCAAUGGUCUAUCGGUUAAUUUCAUCUUUAACUCUACUUUUACUAUUCACGAUACAAACAAAAGGAUAUGUCGCGUCCAAUAAUGGAGUUCUAAUACAAGGUUUGAAGUUCACUGAACCAUGUCCAGAACGUGGCUACGAUUUUAAUUAUCCUACUGGAAAUUUUAUGUGUGUAGUACCAACACCAAAAGAAUGUUUUAAUUUAUGCCAAAAUAUGGGUUGUACAGAAUGGAAUCAUAUGAAUUUAAUUCCAUCAGGAAGUGAAGAAAUUAAACGAUAUCAUAGAUGUCGAUGUUUUCCUGAAUAUAAUAUGUGUUUUUAUAAUUAUGUACCUAAAAUACAUCGUAAUUUUGAUUAA